AUGAGGCGUUUGAUGGACAUGGAGAGGGCGCUAGCGCUUUUCUUCGAGGAAGAGGAAGCUGAGGGAGACACAGCAGCGUCACAGUAUGAGCCGGAGGAGGACUCCGACAAUGAAGCGGGUGAUCCCUCGUUUCUAUUGGAGGAGGGGGGAGAGGAGGAGAGAGAGGAGGAGAGAGGGGAGGAGAGAAGGGCAGAGGACCCUCCGACGUGUGUGCGUAGUCGGAGAGCCACCCGGAGGACGGGACGGCGAGCCCUGGAAGACUGGGGAGGAUGCCGACAGAGCUCCAGCAGUGAGCAGGUUUCAGCCUCAGAGACCACCAGGGGUCCAGUUAGAUCCACAUUCCCCCCAGAGUCCAAAAGACCUUUUUCUUCAUUUUUUGCCACUGACACAGUCAGAACUAUCUGCAGCAACACAAACAAGAAUGCAGCAAAAAAUGAAGAAUUAGGGAAAAAAUACAGUUGGACUGACAUAGACAAGGAGGAUCUGCAGAAGUUUUUUGGUCUCCUUAUUUACAUGUCAUUAGUGUCACUACCAAGUCUCCAAGAGUACUGGAGAUAUAAUCACUUUUUGUCUGUGCCCAUGCCAUCCAAAAUCAUGUCCAGAGUAGGCCUGGAUGAUAUAGAAAAAAAGCAUAUCGAUAAAAAAUGA